AGUCCCAGCGCCACCUCAAACCGCCACCGACAAUAUGCCCUACCUCUUCGCACCUUCACUUCCACCAACCUCAUCAAUGCUCCUUCCUCCACCGCUUUCCCAACCAGCUGGGCAAGACCUUGAGAUGGUUGGAGAGGACAUUAUUGAUGAGUGGUUCAGCCUCCUCACUGGCCAUGAUCAUCCUCAUCGUCGGAAUAUUCCUGAACUGCCGCUAAAUGUAUCUAUGAAUAGGAGUGAUAUUAUUGAUCAUCAAGGAGUAGGAGAUAGUAGUUCUUCCGGCGGCAGCAAUAAGAAAGGUAAAGGGAGAUCAUCAUCAGGUUCAGGUGGUGGAAGGAACAAGAGAAGCGUUCCGGAGGCGGCAAGGGUGGCCUUUCAUACUCGGAGUUCGGAGGACGUUCUUGACGACGGUUACCGGUGGCGGAAAUAUGGGCAGAAGGCUGUCAAGAAUAGCAUGCAUCCCAGAAGGAGCUAUUACCGGUGCACGUAUCAUACAUGCAACGUGAAGAAACAGAUCCAACGGCUAUCAAGAGAUACAAGUGUUGUUGUGACAACGUAUGAGGGCAUCCACAACCAUCCCUCUCAAAAACUCAUGGACACAUUGGCUCCUCUCCUCAGCCAACUUCGCCUCCUUAAUUUCCCAUUUCUAAAACCCUAAUUUCUACACGUUGUUUAUAGCUUACCUUUCUCUCGUGUUAAAUAUUAAACUUGCAUGUACAAGCAAGAAUUCCAAGUGUCAGAAGAAGCUCAGAUCUAAUUACAAG